GUAAAGUAUUUUGUCUGCCUACUGACUUAUUUGGAUUUUUAAACUACAGCAAGCAUAGCUGACCACCAUCUCAUCAUGCCUACUGAAGCCGAAACUACAACUAGCAACAGCCAGCCUGAGCAACAAGCUCCACCAAAAGCACAACCAUCAAAGAAGGAAAAAAAGAAAGGGACAGAAAAGACAGAUGAAGCUCUAUUGGCCAGAUUUAAAGGAGAUGGUGUAAGAUACAAAGCUAAACUGAUUGGCAUUGACGAUGUCCCAGAGGCAAGAGGAGACAAAAUGAGUCAGGAUUCAAUGAUGAAGCUGAAGGGAAUGGCUGUAGCAGCUCGUUCCCAGGGUCAACACAAACAGAAGAUCUGGGUGGACAUCUCCCUCUCUGGCAUCAAGAUAAUAGAUGAGAAAACUGGGGUUAUAGAGCAUGAGCAUCCAGUAAACAAAAUCUCCUUUAUUGCUCGGGAUGUAACAGACAAUCGUGCUUUUGGCUAUAUAUGUGGAGGAGAAGGCCAGCACCAAUUUUUUGCCAUAAAAACAGCGCAACAGGCUGAGCCUCUAGUUGUUGAUCUUAAGGACCUCUUCCAGCUAAUAUAUAAUAUGAAGAAAAAGGAAGAAGAGCAGAAAAAGAAUGGUAGCGAAGCAUUACCUGCUGAUCAAGCUGACAAAAUGAAACAGGGAGUUGACCAAAUGGACUUAUUUGGGGAUAUGUCAACACCUCCUGAUAUGAGCAGUCCCACAGAAGCUAAAGAGAUUCUGUUAGUGGAUCUAAAGUCUGAAAUUGAGUCCAGCCAGACUUUUACAAAAGAGUAUAUCUUGAAUGGCAUCACCACUUCUCUACAACCAAAGCCACAGCCAGUCUUGCCUGAGAGUUCUCUCAAUACCAGUCUCAGCUUCUUUCCCACACCUAAUCCUGACCCUUUCAGUGAUGAUCCUUUCACACAGCCAGACCAAUCUGCACCGUCUUCAUUUGAUUCUCUAAAAUCUGCUGAUCAGAAGAAGGAAAGUCUGAGUACCUUAACACUGGUGGGUAAUGGUACUUCAAAUGGUGAUAGUGACUACUUUGGUAAACAGUUUGACCUGAUUUCUAAUAGAACUGGCAAACAAGAAGCACUAAAAAGCCAGUGGCCACUUGAGAGUAAGUCGCCUGCAGCAAGAACUCCAAAUGGGGUACCAGAGAGAGAACAGAAUGGCUUUUUUAAAUCCCCAUCAAACCUGUUUGUGGAAGGCCCUUCCAGAGGAGUAUCGCUGCAGAAUGGAUUAAAGCUGGAUUGUGAAAACAAUAUCCAGCCCAUGUCACAUAAGUCUGUAACAAUUAGCCCACCACCACAAAGUACCAAGCCAGGAAGAGGAAGGAGGUCUGUCAAGACUGCGCCAAGUGACUUACUUAGUUCGGACAUUUUUGUGCCAACUACAGAGACCCUUAGCUUGACCUCAGUAACACAAACAGGACCUGUGACAAUUAGUCCACUGGACCUCCUCAAAAGUUCUACCACAACACCUCCAAUGCCUGCUCUAGGUGGCUUGUCCAUGACUUCAUUAGUAUGGAGUGCACAGACACCUGCCUUCAAUCAGGCUUCAUCAGUCUUUCCUGGGUCUGUGAUGCCUGCUCAGCCUACAGGAUUUACUCAACCACUUGCCUUUGGUACUCAAACACUGCCAAUGUGGACCCAGCCUGCAACUUUUGGUCCAGCAGCCCCUCAGUCCUCUGGUGUCUGGGCACCACCAGCACAAGUUCCAUCUAGUUCAUGGGCCCAGUCAUCCAGUGCUGUAAAUCCUUUCCAGGGUAGUGUGUUCAUAUCUACAACACUCCCUGCUCAGACGUCAUCUGUCCUGACCUCAGUAACAACAACAACUAGCCCACCUCAGCCACCACCUAGACCUACACCUCAGAAGGAGUUAUCCAAGAAAGAGAGUGAUGCUUUUAUUGCUCUGGAUCCACUUGGUGAUAAAGAGAUGAAGGAUGUCAAGGAAAUGUUCAAGGACUUCCAGCUGACAAAACCACCUGCAGUACCAGCAAGGAGAGGAGAGCAGCAGAAUGUUUCAGAGCGACCACAGCCUGUUCCCCAGCAAACUAUGCUGCCAGCUAAUGGCCUGUUUGAAACCCAAGCUAAAACGGAGUACUUUGGUGCCUCAUCUGAAUCUCUGAAACCAUCUUCUGAUCCCUUUGGUGACCCUGUUGGCAACCCAUUUGCAUAG